AUGGAUUUACUCGAUAACAUAACGUCUAUGAUGAACACUACCAGCAAAGAGCUGUGGAAAUCGAAGCCGAAGCCGGUACUGAAGAAAGAAGUGAAGACAGAAACACCCGAUAGUUCGCCCGCUACCCCUAAACCGAGCUUUCGGAUACCGAAAAAGACGCCAAAUGCACAGUCAAACGCUAGCAGCAUGGCGACAGGCUCUCCACUUUCAAGAGUUACGCCUAGCCCUUCGCCAUCACAAAGUCGACCAGCAAGCUCUUGCCGUAUGGAGAUGGAUGAGAAAUUGAAAAGAGAAUGUAAGGAUGAAACGAGAAGCUAUACUAUAGAAAGGCCAUACAAGCAGGAGUACAAACAGGUUGUUGACGCAAGAGGCAAAACCCUAGCUAUUGAGAUGAACGGAGUCACUUUGGACUUGUCACACGCUCCUGAAUUUGUCCAUAGGUAUCACAUCAAUAUAACAAAAGUUAAACGCAACGGUGACGAGAAAGACGCGACAAGAGGACCUAAACAAGACUUACCCUCGGCACAACGUAAACAAGCACUUUUUGCAUUAUUUGGUCAAGUUGUUUCUGAACAUCCAGAAUUUUUUGGCGAGAAUAGCUGGAGGCAUGUGUACGAUCUGGGGAACACCUUCUACUCCAUCGGUUGCAAAAUCAAGGAGGAUGAUGGUGAUGUCGUUUUUGAAAUGACACCGAUUUACAUCAAAGGUCCCAAGCAAAAUGAGGAUGAUGGCACUCGUCGGGAAGCUGCGCGAUUCUUUGAAAUCUUGACUAGUCAGUCUAUCUUCAGCAGUGAUCACCAUGUCUUCGCAAAUAAAUUUUUCGAGGGUCGUGCUGACAAUGAUGUCAAGCUCGGAGAGGGCAAAUGUGUAAAAAGCGGUUUCGAGAAGAAUGUUAGGUUCCUAGGGAAUGAUGAACGCAGUGCAGUUCCGGUGCUGCAGAUCGACACCAAGAAAUCUCCAUUCUAUCGCGGCCAGUCUGUACUGGACUUUAUUCGUGAGCUCACUAAUCGAGACCCUGAUGAAGCUUUAAAGUUCAAGCCCAUACGGCAGAAGGUGGCUCGUGAACUGCGCGAUCUUGUUGUGUCCACGACUCAUCAGGACAAGAACACCUGGUUCUACAUCCAUGGUAUUGUGGACAAUAGUGCUAGGAAUCAAAUGUUCGAGACGGAUGAAGGUGAAAUAUCUGUUGAGGAAUAUUUCAAACAGCGGUAUAAGCGCAGCCUGCGAUAUCCUCACCUUCCGCUGGCUACAGAACGCAAAGGAAAAGGUUUUAGUUUUUACCCACUGGAGGUGCUAUGCAUUGAAAGAGGUCAACGUGUAGAUAACAAGAAGCUGGCCGGGAAACUCACUGAUAAAAUGAUUCAACAAGCUCGUAUGCUGCCUCAUCAAAUGCGUGAGCAUAAUUUGCGUCAACUACACCAAGCGGAUCUAGUGAACAGCAGAAAUGAGUAUCUUGCUGCAUUUGGGGUCAACACUUCCAACGAUUUUGUGAAAAGCGAAGCGAAAGUGUUGUGUGCUCCAGAGAUCAAAUACAAAACUUCCGCUAUACAACCAGACAGGAUUGGAACGUUACAGUGGCGAAUGAAUUCGUCUGUAAAAUUUUACCAGCCCGCCACGGUUGGAGACGUAUCCUUGGUGAUUUUCGAUAGGGCUGUGUCGAAUAAUGAUGCUAUGGAAUUUUAUCGUGCGUUAGCUAGAGCCGGGCGAGAACGCGGUAUGGUGGUGCAGGAUAACAGCGUGAAAGUCACCAAUUUGUCUUCAGAGCUCGAUAGUGAAAUCGAGGAACAUUUCAGGUCUUGUGCCGGAAAGGUCUCAAUGAUCAUGUGCAUAACUGCGGAAAAAAAAGAUCCCGUACAUGAUUUCGUCAAGCUGCUAGAAGCAAGACACAAAGUGCUCACUCAGCAUGUCUCCAGGCAAACCGCGCAGGCCUGCUCGGGAAGGGGUGGGGCGAAGACUCUCGAAAAUGUCCUGCUGAAAUUCAAUGUGAAAAAUGGCGGAGUUAACCAUAUUAUAUCUGCUGCCAGAGCGGCUCUUGGCGGUGGAACUACUCAACAAGACAUGUGGAAAUAUCUGUUAAUGCUGAAGUUGCUGAUCAUUGCCAAGGUUCCAAGAAACGGGCGUUUGUUCAAUGGUAAAAUGUUCGUCGGAUUUGAGCUCUCACACGCAGCAGCGCAGAGUUUGUACGACCGCCAAGUAGCGGAGAAGGUAAAAGAGCCGACUGUAGUUGGAUUCUCGUACUCUGUGGGUCAACCUACUGAUUACUCUGGGUUUUGGUGGUAUCAAGAGCCAAGGUUACACAAUAUUCUAUAUCUUCAAGAUCACUUCCGCCGGGCUUUCCUGAAUUAUCACAAGAAAAACAAACGGUUACCUGUGGAAGUAAUGGUGUACAGAUCGGGUACAAGUGAAGGAGAGUUUGCUGAGGUUGGAAAAGAAGCAAAUGAUAUUCGCGCGGUUGCUGAAAGAAUGGCUGAUCUAAAUGGUGGUAGACCAUACCGUCCAAAGAUUACUAUCGUCGUCGCACAAACUAACAGCAAUUACAGGAUAAUGCCGGCCUCAAUGCCACCUGCCAACGGUGGUCGAAUGAGAGCCUCAGAUCUCAACGUUCCGUCUGGAACAUGUGCAGACACUGGCAUUACUCAUCCACGUCUACGAGAGUUCAUUAUGACAUCUCAACAGGCUAACAUUGGUACUUCUCGUCCUACCCGAUACACAAUCGUUGUUGAAGAUAAGCCGCAGAUGUCUCUAACUGAUGCAGAGCAUAUAACACAUUUUCUCUGUCAUGGUCAUCAGGUGUGUUUGGCCCUACAACGUUGA